AUGGCGGAUGCCACGAGCAAGCAAGCAAAUAUGGCGGACUGCGGGGAGCGGCUGAAUAAUACAAUGAACAAGCUGGACACAAUUCUAGAUGCCUUCUGGACCAGGAUCUCACAGUCCGAUAGCCACCAGAGGCCCCCCAACAAAGUGCUGAAGAGGGGAUCGGAGACUCAAGCAGACACACAGAGCCUGUCUCAAGACAAACACCAGCCUCCAGCCGCAUCAAAACCACACCAGAUAUGUGGCACCCAGCCCACCAAGACGGCACCAACCACCCGAUGGAACAAACCUGCUACACCUUAA